AAUUCUAGAAGCAGAGGCAGGUGUUUACUCCUUCUCCUUCACCUUCAAUAUCUAUAAAUAUUACAUAACCGCGGUUGUUGAAUGAAUCAUCAUCUGUAGAGUUAUAGUAGUUUGAUCAUUGAUGGCGUCCAAACGCAUCUUGAAGGAGCUCAAAGAUUUACAGAAGGAUCCCCCAACAUCAUGCAGUGCAGGUCCGGUUGGUGAAGAUAUGUUUCACUGGCAAGCAACGAUUAUGGGUCCAACUGAUAGCCCUUAUACCGGCGGAGUCUUUCUCGUUUCUAUUCAUUUUCCUCCUGAUUAUCCUUUUAAGCCCCCUAAGGUUGCAUUUAGGACUAAAGUUUUCCACCCUAAUAUUAAUAGCAAUGGCAGUAUAUGUUUAGAUAUUCUUAAGGAGCAGUGGAGUCCAGCACUUACAAUUUCCAAGGUUUGAUUUUACUAUUUUCUCCCUUGUUAUUUUUAUCAUCAUUCUGCUUAAUUUAAUUAUCGAUUUUAUAUGACAUCAUAAUUAAUUGUUGGGGUUUGUCUUCUUUAAUUAACCAAAUAUGUGUAGAGUUGUGAGUGUUCCUCACAAUAUUAUGAGGAAGUUUACUUAUAUGGCUAUAUUUUUCAUUAUCCUUACUACUCGUGGUU